AUGGCUUCUUCCAGGCUGCUCAUGAUCAUUGCCAUUGUUGCAGUCUUUGUUCCUUCAAUUUUGGCAGCAGAACAUAUGGUUGGUGACAAGACAGGUUGGACCCCAGGCUUUGAUUAUCAAACUUGGGCUCACGGAAAAGCAUUUCUCGUGGGAGACACACUUGUUUUCAAGUAUACACCAGGAGAACACAAUGUAUUGAGAGUUAAUGGAACUGGAUUCCAAGAGUGCAAGGCAGCAAAUGAUACUGUGCCCUUAUCUACAGGAAAUGAUGUGAUUCCACUAUCAACUCCCGGAAGGAAAUGGUACAUUUGUGGUGUGGCCAAACAUUGUGAGUCUGGGAACCAGAAACUUUUCAUAACUGUGUUGCCUCAAUCGGCAUCUCCUGCAACAUCGCCUUCUCCCACACCAACUGGCACCUCACCAUCCGGAGCAGCAGGCAACUUUGCUUCUAGAUACUAUGGGUUUAUUGUGGCCAUUGUGGGCAUUUUGGGAUGA